GUGAGCCACGUCUGGGAUAAGACAGGCUCCCCGAGUGCAUGAGGUAGAGGGGUGUCCGGCGGGCGGGGCGUAGUGCAUUGUGGUCCCCCUCUGUCCUAAUCCUCUGCACCCCCCGUAUAGCGCCCCCUAGCGCUGAGCCUUCCAUGGACACAUCCCAUUUGUUGCAGAAAUUGUGACAAAGAGCUUGCAAUCGAAUCCCCCUCCCCAGUCAUGUUACAGGGACCACUGACUGCAGACAUGAGUCCUGGGAGAGUGCCUGGGGAAUAAGUGGAGACACCAGGGGUUCCCCUCCAGAUUCUCACGUCCCGAUGCAGAAAGCCGAUAGUGUCGGUAGGAAAAUGGCGUUACCAUGCUGGGCCAUAAUGUGGAAGAGUCUUCUGACUGUGGGCCUGGUCCUGUUCUACUACUCCUUCUCCAUUGGCAUCACCUUCUACAACAAAUGGCUACUGAAGAAAUUUCACUUCCCUCUGUUUAUGACCCUGGUUCAUCUCCUGAUCAUCUUUGUCUUGGCAUCAAUAACCAGAACCAUGAUGACCUGCGCCAGCGGACGGGCACGGGUUAUCCUGCCAUGGUCAGACUACCUCAAGAAGGUGGCCCCGACGGCUCUGGCCACCGCCCUGGACAUUGGACUUUCCAAUUGGAGCUUCCUAUACAUCACCGUAUCUCUGUACACCAUGACCAAGUCUUCGGCUGUCCUCUUCAUCCUCUUCUUCUCGCUGCUCUUCAAGUUAGAGGAACUGAAACCGGCUCUGAUCCUUGUGGUUCUGCUCAUUUCCGGAGGCCUCUUCAUGUUCACAUUCAAGUCAACACAGUUUGAUGGCCGAGGCUUCUUUCUGGUUCUAGCAGCGUCAUGUCUGGGGGGGAUCAGAUGGACCCUCACCCAGAUCCUCAUGCAGAAAGCAGAGUUAGGUUUACAGAAUCCCAUAGACACCAUGUUUCAUUUACAGCCCCUCAUGUUCCUCAGCCUGUUCCCACUGUUUAUUGGCAUUGAAGGCCUCCACGUAUCCACGUCUACACAGCUUUUCCGCUAUCAGGAUGUCCAGGGCCUGCUUGUUCUCUUGGCCACCCUCGGUGCGGGAGGACUGCUCGCGUUUGGCCUCGGAUAUUCAGAAUUUCUACUGGUUUCUAAGACGUCCAGCCUCACCCUCUCCAUCGCCGGCAUCUUCAAGGAGCUUUGCGUGUUGUUGUUGGCGACGCAUCUUUUCGGCGACAAGUUGAGCGUAGUCAACUGGUCGGGGUUUGCCGUUUGCAUCUGUGGCAUCGCCUUGCAUGUUGCUUUAAGGACCACCCAUUCUAAAGAGCACAGAGUGUCUCUCAGCACAGACAUGGAGCUUCUCCUCCGAGGAGGGGAGGAUGAAGAGGACGAAGAGACGUGACUUCUGGACGUGUUCCCGUACACGGAGUGUGGAUACACCUCUAUGAACCCAACGGGGACUUGUGAAUCCCCCCAGCGCAGUUCAGAUGAGGGACUACAUUAACCCUUGUGGAGAGAGGUGACUACAUGGUGUCCAUCCAAGAUGGAGGCAGAGACUGGGACGUGGACUUGUACAGGGGUGCCUGAGAGCUGGCUUCUCCAUGUGUGGGAUGUGCUACCUACCUCUACCAGAAAACCGCAUUUCAUCCUCUCAUUUCAGUGUUUCCCAAACAGGGUGCCUC